AAUGCUAGAUAAUGCUUUGUAUCUUACUAUAGAUUUAAUAUAUCCACCACCAUCAUUAUGGCCAUCAAACAAAAAAUAAUUAAUCGAAAGAUUUAGUUUAUAAAACAAGUUCCAAGCUUUAAUAGAUUCAAGAUUUGACGCAGAAAUGAUAAUAGAGUUAUUUGAGAAAAAGUGA